GUCGCGCCGAGCGGUUGUGCCGUGUGUGCUGCGUACUUGGCCCGUACUUUUUCACGCACGGGAAACGAAAACAAUAGCAAGGGGAGGGCAUACCAAGCCAAACAGGAGUGAAGAAAGCAAAGAAAAAAAAAGCAGAACAAAUUAGUGUUGUGCCCGGAACCGCGUGUCACCGCGUGAGAAGAAAUUCACCAUUUUCCCAAUUGCGGAACAACGGCAGCAGCAGUACUCGAACAGAAAGGUGUGUGAGUGUGUGUGUUUUGUUAGUGGUUUUGGGGGGCCCGGUCUGUUGUUUGGCAGCAAAGUGAGUAGUGAGUGUCGAUAAAUGGUUGCAUGUGUAAAGUGUGCGUGAGCAAGCGAGAGAACGGGAAGACGGAACAGUUCGAAGACAUUCCCAGACGGUUGGUUUUUAUUUGGGAAAAAGCAAAAGGUACUGGUUUUUCAAGUUGUGUGUGAUCUUGAAAACCGGGCGCGCGCGUCUUUACCUGCACACAUCACCUCCUCACCGGGCCUUGCGUGGUGGUGCUGGAUGCUGCCAUAUUACCAUCGGUCGGAUCUGUGGAAGGAAUUUAUUUCUCUUUGCGUGCGUGCGUGCGUGCUAAGAAGUCCACGGGAAUAGAUCUCCGGUUAAUCGGUUCGUGAAAAAAGGUUCGUGAUGCGAGUGAGUGCGUAUUGUUGCUACCAUACACACUCAAGUUCACUUCUUUUCUUCGUUUGGCCGUAGGCAAAGCCUACUUGUCAACAGUUUUCACAGAGCGUGGUGAAAUAAGCGUGUUUAACGGGCGUGAGAAACGAAACACUGUUGGUGCUUGGGUGCUCGUUGCGUGAUAAAUUGGAUUUUGUUGUUGUUUUUUCUCUCCACUUCUUAACCCACCAAUAUACGACAACUCAACUUGUGAAGGAAGCCGAAAAGUGAGCAAAAAAAAAGAGGCACCCCAACAAAUCUCAUCUGCCUUUUGGUGUUGUAGGCAGCCAGGGGCAAGAAGAAGAAAGUGUGUCUUUUUUCGGCAUACCACCGGCGCGAGAGUGUGUAAACGAGGUGUAAAUGAUUUAUGCUGCUUGUGUUUCUACCAGCCGAUGCCCUCGACCGCAAGCAAGCAAACCCAAACCCCGAGGAUGGAUGAUGUGCGCCCCCGUAGGUGGAUUUGAAUAAUUUGUUACCAAUCCUCCGGAGCCCACAUCCAGACACCCAAUGGCAUGGCACUCAAGCCAGCUUGAGUUGAAACCAAUGCAGCAGCAGUAGCGUUCUGUGUGUGUGUGCUUAUGUGUGUGUGUGUGUUGCCUCUUUUUUUACAUUCGUUGUUUCCUGUAGUAGGAAAGUAAAAAAGAAUCCCAAAUUAAAACACACGCACAGCGAGUAGCGAGUACGGCGCGCGAGUGUAAGCGAGAAGGCUUUGCGUUGCGUGGUCGCGAGUGAGAAGCGAGAGCGAGCAGCAGCGAAGGAAAGAGAAGAAAAGGUGGUUUUGGUGGGUCCCGAAACGAAGAAUAAUUCAGGAAGUGUGUGCGUACGUGCCUGUGUGGCUCUUCGCUUCUUCACGCAGUGUUUUGCUGCGAGCGUGUGUAUGUGUGUGCGUUUGUGUGCAUUCCGUGAAUGAGUGUGUGAGCAAGUGUGUGCCGCCGUCUACACAACACACCACCCUCACACGCCGCUCCCUUCUCGACAACCCAGACACGGUGUGUUGUGUUGUUACCGGCACAUUGUGCGUUUGAAGAAGAAAAAGCAAACGAGAGCAGAAAGGAAAAAGAGAGAGAGAGAGCGAGAGAAAGAAAAGAGAAAAAUAAUUUGUAAAGCCCGAAAAAAAGAAGCCGUGAAGUGGAAUAACAAAAGCAACGAAAAAAAAAACGGGAAAAGAAAAGCAAAAAGAAAAUGGUCGAAAAUAUUUGAGCCGUGCCCGCACACACCACCUUCAUUGCGUGAGUGCCAGUGUAGAAGAAUGAAAUAUGCGUAGAUUGUGUGGCGUUUAGUGAGCUAAAAAGAGCAUCCCCCACCCCCACCAAAAAAAGGAAGAUUAAAAUUGGCAAAUCGAAUGCCCACGGUGUGAGCGGAAGGGAAGCAGCAAACAAAACGAAAAAAAAAAACUCGCGUUCGUGAAAAUUCAAUUUAUCGUUCCUGCCGGCGCUUGUUUGUUGUGUUUGGGAGGCUCUUGAUUUGUGCGGUGUUUUUCUUUAUUUUUUAUCCGUUGCCUACCCUACACAUCGAAGUGUGCGUGUGAGAAACAACGGAAAGCACUCAGCAUAAAUCUCACCGAGCGGUAAAGCUGAGCUCUGAGUUGGCCUUGCGGGGUUGAUGCGAUAAACAUAUAUAUGCAGUACAUCCGCCAUCUUCUCCCGGCUGCUUGGAUGGUGUCAAUUCGCGUCGGGUCCCUGUUGGAACGCAUAAACCUAAUCGUGUUUUGCGAGGAAACCGUUUGACAUUUGCGGAUACGCUGUGCCAGACAGUGUUGUGUGUUCUGUGUGAGAUUCCGCGAUGGAUGACUCCGGUUUGCUGAUAAGUGGGUAGAUAAACGAAAGACACACCAUCAGCUGAUGACAGCUGUCAUCGGUGAGCCUUGAUCUUGAUCGUGUGUUUUCCGCACUGUGCAACGCGUAAAAGAGAGAGAGAGAAACGGAGAACUUUCAGUAUAGGAGGGAGAUCUUUAGUGAAACGAGUGUGUGUGGUGGUGUGAAAUGCUAACAGAAUGAAAGUCCGGCAUCAUUCUCAUCACGGUACCAAGAGUGACAAAGGUUGCUACAGUAGUAGCAGCAGCAGCAGCAGCAGCAGUAUGGCUUUGAGGGUAGUAGACACAGAUGCCAUCGAUCGACGACGGUGUAGUAGAACGGCAGCAGUAUCGUCGACGACCACAACAGUAGCAACUAAUGGACGGAAUCUUCGGUGGCAGAGGCGAACGUCGUCGACAGUGCACAGUAAUAACGGCAGCCGUACCUCCGGGACUGGCUGGCGAAGGAGAAGCAGUAGAGCGGUGGACAGUGAACCUCCCCGGGAAGAUGACAGCAACACGCUCACCAGCAAACGGCGCCGGUACAGAAACGUAAAUGCCCGGUUAAGGUGUUGCCUGCCCGGUGUUGGCACCAGCUCCGCCCUGACGAUCGCGCUGGUGAUCGCGCUGCAGCUGGUCGCCCUGCAACCGACCGUGCUGCACUGUGCCAAAACGUUCUACAUGCACUGGAACACGACGAACAGCAUCUUCCGGAUCGACAACACCGACCACAUCAUCGACGUGAACAAGGGCAACGCGCAGUUCGAGUACGACCAGGUGCAUAUCAUCUGUCCGGUGUACGAGCCGGGCACGUUCGACAACGAGACGGAGAAGUACAUCAUCUACAACGUGUCGAAGGUGGAGUACGAGACGUGCCGGAUCACGAACCACGAUCCGCGCAUCAUCGCGAUCUGCGACAAACCGAACAAGCUGAUGUUCUUCACCAUCACGUUCCGCCCGUUCACGCCGCAGCCGGGCGGUCUCGAGUUCCUACCGGGCAAUGACUACUACUUCAUCUCGACCUCCUCCAAGGAUGAUCUGCACCGGCGGAUAGGGGGCCGCUGCACCACCGACAACAUGAAGGUCGUCUUCAAGGUGUGCUGUGCGGAUGACCAGCAGCAGCAGCAGCAACAUCAUGGCCAUCUGCCCUCGAACGGCACCGUGCUCGGUGGUGGCCACUCCCAUGACGGUUCCAGCAGUGGCGGUGUGUCGAUCAACACCAACAACACCAUCUCGAUCGACGCGUUCGAUCCGAACUCCCGGCUGCUGCCACCCGCCAUCAACACCAGCCAGGGCAACAUCGUGCAGAACACCGUCAACUGGCCGGUGUGGAACGAUGGUCAGCAGCAUCAGCAGCCCCCGCAUCUACCACCGCACGUACGUCCGCCACCCGCGACGCCCGCCAUCAUCGGUGUGAACGGGCGCCACAACCAUCACUACACCGCGUCACCACCCCGCACCUCGAUCAACAGCGGCACGGGGAUGGGUGUGGGGUCGGGCGGUUCCGGCGGUCUGUACGGUAACGGUAACCUUAAUAACCAUAACUACAACAUAAACAGUCCACCGUCCAAUGUGCAUCCGGGCCAGAGCAAACCGACGAAGAAGACGAAAGAGUACGACAAGCACCCGAACGAGGUGGUGAAGAAUGAGGAGCUUACGUACAACAAUGGCGCAAUGGCACCAGCGCGGUGUUCAUCCCGCUCGGUAGUGGUGCUGGUAGUGGCCAUUUCGCUAGUGUUCGGAUGGUGGUCGUCUGCCACACCGAUCGGCACCACCACCACCACCACCACCGGUUGGCGAUUGCUGACGAGCUGAGGAUUGUGUGAGGAAGGUGCAGAAGAACCGGGCGUAGAUGGAGGCGAAGGCGGAGGUCACGCAGGCGAUGUACCACCACCAUCACCACCGUUCGCCGACGGUCCUGUCACGACAUCCCUUUCGCUGCAGUAGUCCGCGUGUGUGUGUGUGUGUGUGAGUGUGUCCUUACCUUCCCUCCCUCCGGGCAAUCCUGAUUCCCCCCUCAAUGUCCGGAUAUAAUGAGGAUGUGACGGAUGCUGCAGGGCCGUGGUUGGCAGUUAGCUGUUGGUCCGCGGUGGCUGAAACGCUGGCGAUGAUGGACGCUUUUGCUGUCUCCACAAGGUGUCCUGGGUCGAGGGAAGGCUGCGCCAUGUAGAUAGAUCCUUUUUUUGUUUGUUGAGGAAGAACAGGCAAGUUACGUACGUAUACGUAACACCAUCCCGUUCAUUAUAGUCACGCGAGAAGAAGAGAUCCCGUUUAAUAUAAACCCCCCCAUUCCCCUUCCCUUUCCCCCACACAAUUCUAUUAGGAGAGCUAGCGAUGACUCGUCCACACGGCGGUAUUUUAAAGUCUUCAGUAGAUGCACGCGAUUUUUCUUUAUUAGUGAAAAACUGCAAGAAGAAGGGAUAUAUGAGUGUAUGUGUACGUGUGUUUGUGUGUGAGUGCGCAUCCUAAUUCCCUUUCCCAUUAAUCUUCCCCAGUUCCCCCGAUUCCCAAAAUUAGGAUCACACCAACCAUGUAGUCGUGUAGUAGAGCAGAGUGAUAUUAAUUUAAAGCAAAACGAAACGAAACGAUUAAAAAGUAUGUAAGAAAGGUGAACAGAAAGACAAAAAGGAAACCUUUCGGAGAUUUGAUACAGCGGGAGGAAGAUGUUAUUUUAACACUGCGCAACUAAGUAGGACAAAGUAUGAAAAUUGGAACCCUGUAAAAAAAAAUAGAAACGAAAAUUUAAGAACAAAAUUCCCACGGACAAAACAAACAAAAAAAAAACCCCCAGCAAACGUGCGUCACUGUUAAUUCGACCUCCUAAUUCGGCCCGAUUCGGUAAAGAAAGUUAAAUUAAUUGUAAUGAUGAUCACAUCACCUUAAGUGAGCCUAGCAUAAAUUGGAAACGGAACGAAAUUGCAACAAACGGAAAACCCUGUAAUGCGCCAUACAUUUCCUAGUACUCAAGGUGUUUAAAGUAGGCAUUAAAGGUGUUUCUUCUUGGGGAGUAUUUAUGUCAUUUUUGACCAAGCUUAAUACACUUCGUAGGUUUUUUUUUUAAUGGCAGUUUCUUUGCAUUAUUUCUCGUUUUUGGAAAGGAAGAACUGAGGUCUACGCUUUUUAAAAACAAAUUUUGAUAAAAACUUCUAUUAAUUUGUUUCUGAAUGGUUGCCAUCUUUGCUGACACGGAGUUAUAUGCUUAUUUCAUUCAUUUACAAUUAUGUAAAAUUUAUUUGUUUGUUACAGUUCCAUGAAUUCCAACUCAUGGUUUCAUGAAUUUCAUGUUUGAAUACUUAUAUACAUUAGUAUUGGCGCUGUGCACACCUUGGUAUUCCAAAACGAGGCAUAUUUUUUAUUUUAUACGUUUUAAUGGAUGACACUUAUGUGACAGAAAAUUGUUGGAAGCCUUCGCGCACAACAUCUGUACACAUCUUGGUCGCCAUCCAGUUUAGUGAAAUUGUGAAUAUGUUCUCGCGGUCGGGAGCAUAAGCGCUGUCUCAUAAUAACCCACAGCCACAAGACCAAACAUACAACCUGUAUAAAGCUUGGUUAAGAAUUGGACUACUAUUGAGAAAAGGAUUCCUUUAAACACCUUGUUCGCAUUUAUUUUCCCAUAAGUCUUUUUCCAUCCCUCCCGAAAGCAAAGGUGUUCGCGAGUGAGCAUGAGAUAUAGAGACAUUUAAAAGACUGACCAAUGGCUCCUUCACGCUGUCGUAUUUCUUUUUUUUUUAAUGCCACAACAAACCCCAACCAAUAUGCAUUUGUGUGUCCAACCGAAGUGCAUCGCAGUGUGUGCGUGUGUGUGUAUCUAAUCUUUUAAAUGUGCGUGUUUUUCCUAAUGUUUAUCCAUUAAGAGAAGCAAAAUCAAUAUUAUCCCCGCAACCACCACCACCACCACCACCACCAUGCAAUCAACUCCACUAUUUGUGUGUAAUUUAAACACUUAUAUAAAGCUUAUAUGUUCACAGUGGAACGGUAUUAUGUAGGCAGCGAUCACACUGCGCUUUGCACGCACUGUGUUUGCUUUAAGUUAUUUUAUUUUAUAUUCCCGUAAAACCCCUCCAACUCGUAUUGCCAUCCAAAAGUCAAACACACACGGUCUAAACCUACUCCCAGACCAGAGUAUUAGCGUGGAAAUAGUGAAGAUGGUACUUUUAUUGCUUGUGGAACAAUCGGUUUAAUGGAGUUUCAUUUUUCGUCUCUCUCUCGCUAUCGUUGUUGUUUUGCUAUAAACACUUCCGCAUUGGAACACGGUAGAGUGCGGUGCUGUGCGAGAUGGCCAUGUUUUCCGUACCAUACAAACCGACACAACCGAUGAAUCUCUCGAUGAUGCAAAUCCUUACCGCGUGCCGUGGGGCGAAUUUGGGAGCGAAAGUCGAAAGUCCGGGUAGUUGCUUCGGUUUGCCGGCACUACUAUACUCUAAGUCACAUCUCGCGUGUAUCUCGCGUACGUUAAAUGGCAAAUCGUGCAUCAUCCUUAUCACAUCACAACGCCACCCGCACACACUAUUAGUUUCCACUAAAACAGGUGGAAAAAGAAACGAAAAGACGACGAUAGAAAUGGUGGGAAGGACACGGAUUGAUGAAAACGUUGUGUGUAUAAAUAGUGUUCUAAAUCCUAACGAAGCAAAGCAAAUUGAAUAGGCAGUAAAGGGUGUAAAAUGUAGAACAAACAAACAAACAAACAAAAAAACACACAGGGGCAAAAGUGGGAAAAGUGAGAGAGAGAGAGAAAGAGAGAGAAAAAAUAAGAAAAGAAGGAAAAAACGAAAGCGUAACGUUAUAUUUCGGGUGGAACCUAUGUUCGAUGUUAAGUAACAAACAAAAAACCAAUAAUUUAAUAUGUCGAUUUUUAGUAGCUUGUGGGGGGGGAGGCCUUUUGCUUUUGCUUUUCCGGUUGGUACUACACACCCCAGCCGGGGGAAAAGCGAAUGCAAAACAAAAAACCUUGUCCUUUUUCUUUUUAAUGUUUAUUUUUGUAAAUAUAGUGAAUAUUUUCGCAAAAAAUUAUCAAACACAACAACAACAACAAACUGCCUUGUGUUCCGUCUUUUAUCAUGACCCCGAGCCCCCCAAACGACGAUCACCCCUUCCUUUGUUUGGGUGGGUUUGUGGGUUGUGGGUCGAAGUAUAUCGUUCAAAGAAAUGUUUGCUGUUUAUUAAAACCAAAUACAGGAUUAUUCAAUGUUCACCCUGCUCCUCGCAAACAAAAAAACAUUCCUCACUUUUGGACGUGUCCUCUAACCUUGACAGA